AUUAAAUAUUCGAAAAUGGCAUCUAAUAAAACGGAAGGUACAGCUACCAUCAGAACAAGAAAGUUUAUGACCAAUCGGCUUCUAUGCCGAAAACAAAUGGUCGUAGAUGUAAUCCAUCCUGGCCAACCAUCGGUUCGUAAAACCGAAAUACGCGAAAAAUUAGCCAAAAUGUACAAAGUAACUCCAGAUGUUGUCUUUGUGUUUGGCUUCCAAACUAACUUUGGCGGUGGUAAAUCUACUGGAUUUGCACUCAUUUAUGAUACUUUGGACUUUGCCAAGAAGUUUGAGCCCAAAUACAGGUUAGCGAGACAUGGUCUUUUUGAAAAACAAAAACAAACCAGGAAACAGCGUAAGGAACGCAAGAAUAGAAUGAAGAAAGUUAGAGGUACUAAGAAGAGUAAAGUUGGAGCAGCAUCUAAGAAGUAAAACCACAAGCUAUCAUGAAGACCUCAAUCAUCGACGUAAAAAUUAUUAUAAUAUUGUACUAUGGAAUAGAAUUGUAAUUAUAAUAAAUUUUGCGGAGUGAACGUACGCAUUUCUUUUUUAAAUUAGAUUGUCGAAUUUUAAUAUUAUUAUAAAGAAAGUAAUAUAAAAUUAAUGUUA